CAUUAUAUGUACGUUAGAAUUCCAAUUUGGUCUUCUCCCCCAAUCAUAGCCAUGAAAUUAUUCAUUCCAGCCAUUUCCCACGCUCUUUUAACGUGGACCAUUUUCUACCAAUUAUAUUCCGCCACGUCAUCCUUCUCCAUUAUCCAAUCCGACGGCGAUCCGCACUUCUCCGCCUCCAUCUCCGUCGCCGAUUACGGCGCCACCGCCACCGGCGUUCAGUACGACACUGCCGCAAUCCAAUCCGCCAUCGAUGCUUGCUCCUCCGCCUACUCUCUAGACCGCCGUCUCUGCCAGGUCAUCUUUCCGCCGGGGAAGUACCUCACCGCGACUCUACACCUAAAAUCCGGCGUCGUACUGAACGUAUCCAAAAACGCGACGAUCCUCGGCGGAACGAAGCUUGAAGACUACUCUGAGAAGCAGGAGAAAUGGUACGUGGUGGUGGCGGAGAACGCGGCGGAUCUGGGGAUCACCGGCGGAGGAGAGAUCAACGGUCAAGGGCUGGAGUUCGUGGAGCGAUUCGACGAGAGGAAGAACGUGAUGGUGAGCUGGAACAAGACCGGCGCGUGCGCCGGCGACGAGUGCAGGCCGCGAUUGGUCGGAUUCAUCGGCUGCCGGAAUGUUAGGGUUUGGGACGUCCACUUCGAACAGCCCGCUUAUUGGUGUUUGCACAUAGUCCGGUGUCAGAACACGACGAUCGACAGAAUAUCGAUCCAUGGCGACUUCAACACGCCAAACAACGACGGGAUCGACAUUGAAGAUUCGAACAACACCUUGAUAACGAGGAGCAUCAUCGACACCGGAGAUGACGCGAUCUGCCCCAAGACCUACAAUGCUCCCCUCUACAAUCUCACCGCCGCCGGCUGCUGGAUUAGAACUAAGUCUUCCGCCAUUAAAUUGGGGAGCGCGAGCUCCUACGCCUUCCGUAGCUUGCUAUUCGAUAAUAUAACCAUUGUCGAGUCCCACAGAGGCCUUGGAUUACAAAUCCGUGAUGGAGGGGAUGUGAAUGGGGUUAUGUUUUCGAACAUCAACAUCAGCACGAGAUACUAUGACGAGUCAUGGUGGGGCAGAGCUGAGCCAAUAUACAUCACAACAUGUGCACGAGAUAGAGGAUCGAAGGCAGGGACAAUCUCCAACCUGCAAUUCAUAAACAUCUCUGCAACAUCUGAAAAUGGGGUGUUCUUGUCUGGGUCGGAGAAUGGUAUUUUGAAAAACAUAAGGUUUCACAAUAUGAACCUCACUUACAAGAGAUGGACAAAUUACGCCGGUGGGCUGGUCGACUACAGGCCAGGUUGCCAGGGGCUGGUGAACCGCAGCAGAGGAGGGUUCAUGAUGGAGCAUGUCGAUGGCUUGGAGGUUGAAAAUGUGAACAUGAGAUGGGACGAGGGGACGACAGGUCAGUGGAAUAACCCUCUCGAUUUUCACCCUUCAACUGUGAAUAAUAUAUAUAUUCGAAACUUCUAUUCUGGUUUGUACAACCAAUGAGAGAGGCUUCGAUGCGAGGAUUUGAUUUUUGUCUUCAUGGUUUGUUUACUCUCGAGGUUUAUUCGAUUAUCUGUUAUUCAAGCAUUUGUCGGAAUUUGGAGUUAUGUUUUUAGUUUGGUUGCUAUCAAUGUUGUAUCAAGUAGUCUUUACAAAAGUAGCAUGAUUGGACUUCACUUUUGUUAAUGACAAGCUUCAUGUGUUUCACAUUCA